AUGCCCCGGGCUGUCAAAGGCGUGUUGAUUGAGUGCGACCCGUCUGUCAAGGCGAUCAUACUUAAAUACGACAAGCUCCAGAAUAAUGAGUAUAUCGUUGAGGACUUGGAAGGCGAUGACCGAUACCUAGUCAUCAAGGAAAGCCAGCUUGCCAGCCUUAAGAUUCGGCUGGCAAAGGAACUUGACGGGAAACUCAUGCAGCCUGAGGAAUCCGAGUCAGAGUAG